GGCGAUCGCCAGCCAGCCAGCUCAGUAUUCAAAGUGCGCUCGGGCCGAUCGGGUUAUUUUACUCUCUCUCGGUAUAGAAGAGGUCUCCCCCCAUUGGGACUGACCAACCUGCUGUAAAGUGGACUGUGUAGUGUAUAUAGUGACUUGUGUUGGGUGUGCAUUUCGCGGUUCGUGCCUGUCCAGUAGUUGCUGUCUCCUUCGCCCAAACGGGCGGUUAAUACGUUUGUGUGCGCGCCACGAGCUGCGCUGAUCCGGUAAUUGCGAUCAGGAAAUCCCCAAAUUCUUCCACAUGUGUCAUCGCCCCUCGGUAAUUCUCCGAAGAGCAAGCAAUUAAGUUCAAUUCAAGGAAGUCUAGCCAGAUAUAAUAGUGCAAUACAAAGUGCAAAAAUCACCUAUUGAAUCAUUCAAAGUUUACGAAACUGUGUUCCGAUCAAUCCGUACAAAGACGCAAACGUGAAUCCCUCGGAUCCUGAUUCGUGGGAAGUGAAGAAAUAUUAAGUCAUCAUCAUCGUGCAAAAAAAAUGCUGUGCAGCAUGAAAAAGCCAUGAAAAAGAAACGUGCAAUCCAAUCAUCGCAGUGAAGAGAAAAAAAUCCUAAAAUCACCGCCAAAUCGUUGGUGUCGUGUCAAUGCAAAAUCGACGACGACACCCAGCAACAAGUUGUUGAGCCGCUGGCGAAUGUUGUCUGUCGAUGUCGCGUGUGGUGAUGAAGUGAAAUUUUCAAGUUUGCUAAAAAUAAAUAUUCAAAGCCGUCGGAGAAGUUGAAACAGUGAAUUCGAUUGUGGCCUUAAUGGGGUGGUGCCACUCGAAGGUCCCGCAACCUGAAGUUGAAACAGUGAGGGAAGGUCUCAGAAAGUGAAAGAAAUAAGCACGCAACCAUUGGGAGGAAAGAAAAUGUGAUCAAAUAUGUUAAUAGAUGUGUAAGGUACAGUGUAAAUUGCAGUUGGUUGUCUGCUUGAUCGCGAGUGUCAGGUAAACGAACAACCAAACUUCUUACCGAUCGAUGAAAUAACCACAACCGCUGGACGAGAAGCAGCAGCAGCAGACUCUCGAAAAUGACCAUUUCGUAUUCCGCAGAGGUGCCCAAUGGCAGCAAUUUCGGAUGUUUCUGGCGCAUUCUUUGGAAAUGGCGUGGCAGUGUAUAUAAAGCCAUUUGGCGAGAGCUUCUAGCAUAUCUGUGCGUCUACUACACACUAAAUUUGACCUACCGAUAUGGUCUAAACGAAGAAGGGAGAAGAGUAUUCGAAAGGAUACGAAAUUACUGUGGGCAGCAACGUGAAAAUGUACCACUCUCGUUCGUUCUGGGCUUCUAUGUGAGUCUGGUGGUAAAGAGGUGGUGGGAACAGUACCGAUUGCUGCCCUGGCCGGACACGCUUGCCCUUUUCGUCAGUGCUGCCAUCCAAGGCCAUGAUGAAACUGGCCGACUGAUGCGACGAAACAUCAUGCGAUAUAUGGUCCUCGCUUACGUUAUUACUUUGCAGAAGAUUUCUCUGCGGGUGAAGCGUCGCUUUCCUACUUGGCAGCAUCUGGUCGAUGCCGGUUUGAUGCUGGAAAGCGAGCGGAAAAUAUUCGAAAUCAUGGACUCCAAGAGUCCCAUGUCCAAGUACUGGAUGCCCCUGGUAUGGGCAACAAACAUAAUCAAUCGUGCCAGAAAAGAUCAGAUGAUCCCCUCGGAUCACAUUGUGCAGACUCUGCUGAUGGAGCUGUCCGAUAUCCGUCGACGGUUAGGAGGUCUCAUCGGUUACGAUACGGUCUGUGUACCGUUGGUUUAUACACAGGUCGUCACGUUGGUGUUGUAUUCCUACUUCACGGCCGCUAUCAUGGGCAGUCAGAUGAUUCCAACAUUCGACCCCAAGACCAACACCUACAUGGAGCUGGACGUAUACUUCCCGCUGUUCACAGCGCUACAGUUCGUGUUCUACGUGGGUUGGUUGAAGGUUGCCGAAGUUCUUAUCAACCCGUUCGGUGAAGACGACGAUGAUAUUGAAUUGAACUGGUUGAUUGACAGACACAUCAAGGCAUCGUACAUGAUCGUCGACGAAAUGCACGAUGAACAUCCGGAACUGCUAAAAGAUCAAUACUGGGAGGAAGUCGUGCCAAAAGAAUUGCCAUAUACAGUUGCGUCCGAACACUAUCGACGAGAGGAACCGAAAGGAUCGGCUGAACACUACGUCGUUAAGGAGUCUGAAGCGGUCUACGCUAACAUUGGAGGAGGAAAGCGUCCUGUGAAUGACGAAGUUUAUGCUGAUUACGAAAGCGUGGACACUCCAAUGGCUGAACGGCGUAAGGGGUGGUUCGGUAGGCAGAUGAACAGAUUUUCAAUACGUAGCGCAUCGACGACUUACUCAUCCGGCGGUCUGUUCAAGCGCAACCGGAAUAAUUCGGUGUAUUCUAGUCCGGAGGCAGGCAUCACACAACCAAUUGCCGUUGGUGCCCCGAUGCAAAAAAUCAGCUUCUACGACAAAUUUGUGAGGAAAAAAUCCGGCCAUCAUCCGCGACAGAUAGUCAAACAAAAUUCUAAACUGAGCCUUAAUGGGUCCGUGAUUUCAAGUGUGCCACCGAAGGCCCGGCCUCGCAUUCCUACUCCAGACGUUGCCAAGGAUAGCAAAAUGCAUCCACUAGCGAAUAUCGCCACUCUACAUGAUCGGACGUCCAACAUAGCGUCCGGUGUGGCGCUGAUGACCACUCAGCUGGCCAACAAUCCGUCCAUCUACCCAGCGUCCACGCAGUCGCUGCACAACAGUGAUUUGCCGGUAGUCGGUACACUGUUGCUGGCUCCAAUCAAGGAGCUCGACUCGAACUCCGUGUCCAAUACUCUGCACGCCGGCCAAUCGGCAACGGCUGCUCUGGCGAAGUCAAUUUUGCCGUCCAACAUCAAAAGUUCUGUUACCACCUUCACCAAGGACGGAACCAAUUUGGAGCUGGCACUCAGCAACAGCUCUACACUGGGUAAGGCCGGAACCCUCGGUGCCAAUACGGUCCUAGUCCUUCCGGCAGCCGCUGGCCCCAACGGUUCCGCCGACAGCACCGAUAGUGGCGGAACAACUGCAGCCACCACAGCAAACCUGGUCCCGGCCACAGCCGUCCCGGUGACCGUAUCCUCCGAUGCCAUCCCACUCUCGAUUACCUCGAUACCGUUGACCUUCACCGUAACUCCGGUCACAACCACGGCGGCGGCAAACGGAAGUGCCGGAACCAUCAUCACCGAUUUGCCAUGCGACAACGGCGUAGAGGUCAGCACCGUGACGCUCAACAAUGAGAAAAAGCUAUCGACUUCCGAGCCGUCAUCGUCCGCAGCAUCGACACUGAGCAAACGGAAGCCGAAACACAGUGAAGUCUAUGUUUGAGCCGUCGUUGCUAAAAGUUGCAUGCUCGUACCUAUAUGCAUUGAACAAAAAUGUUGAAUCUAGAUGCAGACAAACAGACAUAAAAUUCGGAAUAAUUUCUUUCGAAAUCCACCGAACACUUCACACAAUCAUCAUCUGGUGGUCAUAUUUCACGUAGUACAUUUACCUAUGUGCAACAAAGCCAGUAGAAAGCGCUUAUGUAAAAAGUGAAACACCAAGGAAAAUGAUGCGUGCGCCUCUUGUUGUGAGGUAUGAAAUAUAGGAACAUGGAAUUGAAACAGCGUGGUAGAUGAACUUUUCGACAUUGUUACGUCUGUUUGUCUGUGAUCAAUCUACUAAUCAUAUUAGUGGUUAGGAUUUCCAAGAUGUCUACAAAAUUUAAAGGACAUUCAAAUGCAAUUUCCAAUGUUUCAAACAAUAUAUGUCAAAAAACAUGUUCAAGCUAUUAGUAAUAGCCUAUCACCAUCUGCAAUUUCGUAGCAUGAGCGACUUUACAAGUUACAAUGAUAAAAUGACUCAUAGGACUUGUUUUGAAUGCUAGACCAUUGCGUGCCUAACAAAUGAUGCACUCGGAUGGUGCUGUGACAGGUUACAUUUGUAUUAGAAGACGACAAACAACAGUAUACUUAUAUGUAAAGUGAAGCAUUACCUUUUUACAAACAAUUGUUCAAACGGCUGCAAAACUUACUGAUUACUGAUUAGACGAUUGUUUUAAUUUUAUAAACAAAAUAGCAUUUCAUGUUGCUUAGAGCAUUGCUUAGGAUUUUAAAAUUGUGUAAAUAGAACAAGGUAUUUUAAUUAUAGGCUAACGAGAAUCAAGUCGAAUACAAUUUUAUUCCUGUGUUAGUCCGAACAGCAACCACGAGGAGAACAAGUGAGACAUUACAAUAAACCAGACGGUCAUGUUUUAUUCAA